AUGGCCCAAAGGAACACGUUAUUAGUGAAAACAGUGAGAAGACCUUGCUUGAAAACGGCUAAAAGUAAGGCGACAAAAAAUGUGACCGUAAAAAACGACGAGGAAAAGGAAGGACAAGCAGUUAAAAACGGAGGAAAGAGCAGACAAGAGGCUACAAAAGACGGACAAAAAUGUCAGUACAAAAAACAUGAAGUAGAGAAAAGAAGUGUGACUGUAGCCGACAGAAGUGACACUGCAUUACCACAACAUUUUCGGCAGGAUCAGGGUACAACUAAACGAGAUAGAGAGCACCAAAGUGGAGCUACAACACAAGGACAUGCAGGCGUCACUAAAAGAAAUGGCCCAAAGGAAAACGUCAUCAGGGAAAAAAGUGAAAAGACCUUGCUUGAAAAUGGCUUGAAAAUGGCUAAAAGUAAGGCGACAAAAAAUGUGACGGUAAAAAAACACGAGGAAAAGGAAGGACAAGCAGUUAAAAACGGAAGAAAAAGCAGAGAAGAGGCUAAAAAAGACGGACAAAAAUGUCAGUACAAAAAACAUGAAGUGGACAAAAGUAGUGUGACUGUAGCCGACAGAAGUGACACUACAUUACCACAACAUUUUCGGCAGGAUCAGGGCACAACUAAACGAGAUAGUGAGUGCCAAAGUGGAGCUAAAAAACAAGGACACGCCGGCGUCACUAAAAGAAAUGGCCCAAAGGAACAUGUUAUCAGUGAAAACAGUGAGAAGACCUUGCUUGAAAAUGGCUUGAAAAUGGCUAAAAGUAAGGCGAAAAACAUUGUCACCGUAAGAAACGACGAGGAAAAGAAAGGACAAGCAAUUAAAAAAGGAGGAAAAAGCAGAGGAGGGGCUACAAAAGACGGACAAAAAUGUCAGUUCAAAAAACAUGAAGCGGACAAAAGUAGUGUGACUGUAGCCAACAGACGUGACACUACAUUACCACAACAUUUUCGACAGGAUCAGGGUACAACUAAACGAGAUAGUGAGUACCAAAGUGGAGCUACAAAACAAGGAUACGCAGGCGUCACCAAAAGAAACGGUCCAAAGGAAGACGUUAUCAGUGAAGGUAGUGGGAAGACUUUGCUUGAAAAUGGCUCAGAGGAUGGUACGAUAGGGACGGAAAGCACCAGUAAACCUGAGGACAUCAAGGGAAGAAGAAGAAGGAGCCGCGCACGGAAGAAAAAGGUUGUUGGCGAAAGCGAUGACAAGGCCAUGUCACAAAAUAACCUGCGAGACUCUGCGGCAGAAAGAAAAAGUGAAAGUCCAGUAGGUAUCUCGGUCCUGAAAAGCAUAAAUGAGGCCACCAACAAUGAUGGCGUCAGUAGCAGUGCCAACAUCUUAUCCCACAAUGUCGAGCUGAAUGGUGUCAAUGAAAAAGAAAGCGACAAAAAAGGGGAGACUGCAAAAAGAGGAAAACCAAAAAGAGGGCAUAAGGCAACUGAAAAUGUUGUCAGCGUUAGCCAAAAGGAGGCGUUGUCAAAAACGAGCGACCGAGAUACUGUGAAAGGGAAAGACAGUGAAAAAGAACAAGAAGAUACAACACGAAAGAAAUCACCACGAAAGACUGCUGGUCGUGGUACGGAAGAGGUUUCUUUCCAAAGCAAAGACAGAACCUUGGUAAUCGUACCAGAUGUUGACGAAAGCACAAACAAGACUUUGUCUUCAACUUGUCUGCAGACCGACGUAACAACAUUUGGGAUGGCCAAACAAUCAAACAAAAGUGUCAACGAAAACUGCGACGACAACGACACAUUGCAUUUGUCUGAAAGGCGGCCAGAAAAUGAAAGUGAAAAAGAGUCAAGAAGAAUAAGACGUAGACGCCGGCAAACUAGAAGUAAAGCUGGCAAACAUUCAGCCAUCGACGGCCCCGACAACGCAUUGCCACCGAAUUGUCCGAACGACUGCGCAGUUGAACAAGAAAACAAGAGCAGAUAUUUUAAGGACGGAAAGCCAGGCCAUCAGACUAAAAUUAAACUGAAGAAAAGUGCUGAGAUUGACAAUAAUAAUAACAUUCUGCCACAAGAAAUUUCGAGAGACGAACUGACGAGAACAGACCACAGUGGCCAGAGAAAGGAAAAUGAUUUGUUAAGAGGCGAAGAGACAUCUCUACAAGAAGGUGCGCAAGAUGGAGUAGCGGAACUGCAAGCUAAACAAAGCAGUACCGGUUGUCGGUAUAACAGAAGAAAUUUUCGUCAUUUGACCGUUAUUCCUACCUUGGGUGAUAUUUCUAUUGACCAAAGUGGCUCUCUAAGAAAGAACAAGAUAAAGGGUAGAUACCAUAAUAUUGAGCAUUAUUUAGAUGUCCAAUUUCAGCUUCUUCGCGAGGACUUCUUGAGGCCUUUGCGUGACGGGAUCAAACAUUACAGGGAGCACAACAAUAGAAGUUAUCCAAAUGAUCUCUAUCAGGAUGUCAGAAUCUACGACAAUGUGAAGAUACUGCGUCCAAUAUGCACAUCCAGUGGAGUAAGAUACAAAAUCAGGUUUGAUACUCGAAAGUUCGUCGAUGUACAGUGGGAAAACAGCAAGAGAUUGAUCUUUGGAUCCCUUCUUUGUUUGUCCAAGGACAAUUUUGAGAAUUUUGUUUUUGCCACUGUCGCUGAAAGAAAUGUGAAAGAAGUUGUGAAGGUAAGCAGUAAAUUUACCUCGAAGUCGUGAGGAAACGAACUAUACUUUUUUUUUUAGUAAAAACUGUCAAUAUAAAGAUCUGAUAGUUUCCUUCUUAUUUAUUUACUAACAUUUUCAUUCGAAGACAUUCUUUUAACGGCUACUAUUUUUUCUCCAAGCAAAGUUGUAGUUCUCACACAGGCACCACAGACUGCAACCUCAUGUCCAUCUACUUUAAUCUAAUUGUUUACUAUGACCUCUCACGUUUUGUUUGCCAUAUACUAGAUUCCGAACAAAUAUCAGUCGAUUUCAAUUAAACUCUUUUCUUCCCCCACCACUCAUAUCUGUUAAUGUGAUAACGCUUUCUGUUGUUUUAUCCGUUAAACAAUUAUAACUGCACUUUUGUUAUUUGAGGGGCUGAUUGAAAUACGUUUUGUGUCAUCAUCGAGUGACGCUCGACCCAGGGCAGGAGAUGUGUGUCAAAUGGUCGAGUCUAUAGCUUUCUUUGGGGCAUACCGCCCAGUGCUGGAAGGAUUGCAAAUGAUGCCUUUCGAGGAAUUUCCUUUUAAGGUACAGUACCCCGAAACGCUUUCGUACAUGUAAUAACGCCAUUCAGAGUUACCAUAAAGAAAACUUGGCGGGAAAUGAUUUCAAAAUAAUAUGCCCUCUCCUUCUGAAACAGUAUUUUAACCAGCAAUAUUUUAUAAUGAGACUAGGGCUCACUAAAUAUGCCCCGGAUGCACGGCGAAUCUUGUUUACGAGGGCGUUUCAGAUGUUCCUCAUGUUUGUGUUUCUUUGGCCUCCUCCGAAAAUGUGGGGUUAUUUUUUUCAGAAGGACCCAUUUUCUUUCGGUUUCCGCUUCCUAUCAAAUAUCAUGGUUAACUAAUUACUCCUUGGACUAAUUAUGGCGCUAAAUUUCCGGGCCAUCACUGUUAUGGCAAUGUUCCGUAUUUCUCAGUGCCAAGAUGGCGUUAAUGUUAGAAGAAGUUACAACUGUAGAUGUUAGGGUGGAACGCUUUAGAAGGAUUCCAAUUAGUAUGCUGUUGAAAAAUUUAGAAAUUGUGAGCUUUAGCCAAAACGUAUGCUUAACCCUUUUCAGUGCAUGAAGCUCUCGGUGAAAUAAACAAAAUAGAGAAGCUCAUGAUUGUGAGCGUUGUUUGUCGCCCAGUCUGUUAACGGAUAAUCAUGCGGCAUAUACACGUGAAAUUAGGAAAUAACUGCAGUUAGUUUUGUGCAAACUUUAAGAAUUUUCCGAGCCUUACGGGAAUUAUUAGAAAUUUAACAAAACACGCUUUGCUAGUUUCACUCGUCACCAUAUAAUUACAAAGAAAAAUAUAAGCCACUAGAAAAGGAAAAAGUACGUUCAUUAUGUAUACGCCACGAGUAAAACGUCCAAAAUAAAUUAGGGUACAUUAAUUAUUUUUCAACAUAAACUUAUACUUGUCAGUCAUUCACUCUUUACGUUUCAAUCUCAGGAAGUUACGACAAUAUAUUUUUUUCCAAUUUUGAAUGUUUAGGAGUACAUUGUGGAUUGUCACAAAGAUGUUUGCCCUCCCGGUUAUCUUACGAAAGCUGAUGGUCAGAAAGUGGUGUUCGAUUUCUCUUCUAUCAUACCUGACGAAAAAGAAGAAGGAGAAGAGUAAGGAUGUUAGAUCUGACUAAUAUUUCAGAGUAACCUUUUUCAAAGUCCAUAUAAAACAAAUGAUGUUGGUUAAACCGACACACCUGAACUUCUCGUAACCACCCCUGUGGAUUCAUGUGCAUUGUGCCGCUUGUGGAGCAGAUCUUUCAAACCAUUUCCGAAAGAGACAGAGGCGAGAGAAAACGCCAAGAAAGAUGUUAAGUUCACCCGAACGAUCCUUAAUUUUUUGCCAAAAAUGUUUAAAAAUUUUACUACCAUAACGAAGCCAAGUAAAUGCCUAGCUAGCAAAAGAAAAAGAAAACCAGCAAACAAACAAAAAACGGAGCAACAGAAGCAAAAGACCAGGCCAGGAGAUAAGAAAUAGAGAGGUGAAAUAUAAUCUACCUUCUGAGUAUGCCCGACUUAUAAACAAUGUUUUCGGCAUUUUUGGUUCUUUCUGUAUAGAUAAUGACCAGAAAACGACUCAACUAGCCCCAAACGGUGAGUGGGUUGCCGGUAUCACUGACUGUUGCACUGUGAUAAGUACAUGCUUUUUUUUUUAGGUAUACUGUAACGCUCCAGCAAGAAAUUACUGCAGACCAGUGUGAUGUUUCUGGUACGUUUAGAGCAGUAAAUUAAAUGGUAAAAACUAUCGAAUGACAGUGUUUUCUUGUUUUGUUGAAGGUGUAUACGUGCGCUUGAGCUCAGCGGUCACGUUCAUAAGAGCUCCGCGAACUAUUGAAUUUUGUUAAGAUUUUCUUGACUGUAACGCAAUGGCCGGAGAGAAGAAAAAGCAAAGACAGGAAAACCAAUCCUUAAGAAAUGAAAAAAACAAAACAAAACAAAAAAAACAACAAAAAAUUAAGGAGAAACUUAAAGGUAAAGAAACCAAGCAUGGAGGUGAUGAUGAAGAGGUUGCAAGUUCAAAAGACGCGGACUUGUCGCUGGACAAAAAGAAGUCUGUACAACUUAUAAGUGACCAGUAUGACAUACAGGUGAAAGAGCUACAACAAAUUAAAAUCGAGAGUGAACAAGGUCUGUGAGAAGUGUGACAAAAUCGCAGCUGCCAUGGAAUUACUGGAGGACUACAGCUCAAGCUCGACCUCAAAAUUGUUGGUAUGCCAGUCCUCCUAAUUUAGUUUAGGCAAUGACUAUACUAGUUAAAUUAAACUAUAGGGAGAAAAUGAUUUUGGAUGCGGGGAAUUGACAAGUUAUUUUCAGGACUAAGAUUAUCAUCUAAGGUUGAAUUCAUACCAGUAAUAAUAAAUCAAGAUCAUAAAAACUAGGAAGGCAUUCCAAAUUCGACGUGUGAGCUUGCACACUAUGCCAUUUGGCUUAUUUGAAGCUUUCCUUGCCGGGAAACUGUGUUCUGUGUUAAUAUACACAAUAGAAACUUCCUUGGCUCUUGAGGCCCAGAAUAUUCGAAGGCAGAGGUUGGCCGUUUCUUCGGCAUUUUCACGUGCCCCGAGGACUGGCAUACCAACAAUUUUGAGGUCGAGCUUGUAGCUGUAGUCCUCCAACAAUUCCAUGGCAGCUGCGAUUUUGUCACACUUCUCGCUUGUUCACUCUCGAUUUUAAUUUUUAGUAGUUUAGUUUUUGAAUUUGCGGUAUUAUCUUUCGUCAAUAUAAUUCGUCUGAUCGAUUUCGAGAAUAUCUAAAUGAAACCAUGGUAGCUAUCAUAUAAUUAUUUCAUUUUUUGUCCUUUUAUUAGUUUUCCUUUUUUGAUUUAUUGUGGAACCAAAUGACUUACACGUUUCUCUCUGUUUUGCAAAACUGUUACUUUGUUAAUCUCUUUUUACAAACUUUGUUCUUUGAAAUCUGUAAUUAUAUUAGAACUCGUGAGACGGACCUGCUUUGAUUAGUUUAUCUAUCCGCAGGUCAGUAGGACUAAUUGUAAACAGAUUUUUGUAUAUAAUAAAUAAACUUGAAACUUGAAGUACUCUUAAUAUCUUAGGUAUUCUAUCCAACGUAUCCAAAAUUCUGUAGCAGUAAAAAAGAAAUAAAAUAUUUAGAAAACUGCGUUUUCAGUGUUAUAUUAAGUUUACAAUCAGUUGCAAAAAGCAGUAAAAAACCUUAUUCAAAACUAAACUACUAAAAAUUAUCCAAAUCUAGAUGAAUUAAAAUAAAUACAAUCUUGAAAAUAUUACAUAAAUCAAACUAAAGGGCCUAAAAUUCCCUCCGGGCACAACCAUUGAAAGAUCAGGUGUCCUUGGUUAACCUCUUGCAUGAUCCUAUUCCAUGAUGCUGUUCUUCUAAAUGUAAUAUCUAAGUAAGUGAUCCUUCUGUCUGGUAUUAUGACUAUGGAUAUUAAAACGCUUAACUGCAUGGACUCAAGGUAAAUGGCGGCAAGGGCCAAUUACAUUUUAAAAGCUACGGUUACGUCACGAAGCUGUAACAUGACCCUUAUUGAAAGCCACCUAAGUCCUCUAACUGUUGUAGAAAAAAGAUACUUUAUUUUUCCAGUUAGUAUCCCGGAAGCAAAAUUUUGUAACAGCUGCACUUUCUGGAUAUUCUGUUGUUGUUUCGACCACACAUUAGAACAGUAACAAAAUUUACUGAACACUAAAGAGUUCAAGAUGACUAAAAGAACGUCUUUUCUGAGAAGAUGUCGGACACUGUUAAUUUGCCAAAGUUAAACGUUUAACAGUCGAGAUGAUAGAGUAUUUAAGUGAGCAUCAAAUGUGAAAUUACUGUCAAACCACAAGAUUAGAAGUUAUUUACAGCAUCAACUGAUUACAAACUAUUUUUCUUUUAGAUCACUUGAUAACUAGUUCUAGUCCAAAACAAAGUAUCAGUGUAACAGUUUUGGAACCAGACUCCUGGCCAAAUGCAAAAGAUCUAAACAUAGAUGACUCACAGUUCGAAGCCUUACAGUUGGCGCUUACGAAAGAGUUUGCGAUCAUUCAGGGGCCACCAGGCACUGGAAAGACUUACAUUGGACUGAAGGUAUGCAAUAAAAAAAGAAACAAGGACAUAAAAGUUGCCACUGAUAACUGACUGAUAGCACAUACCACAAAGAUAAAGCCUAUACAUAUAUAAAAAUAAGGAAACGAUUAUGAUGACAAGCUCAAUCUUGCCAAACGUAAGGCAAGCUAUAGUCAAUAUAUACGUUUAUGCUAUCCUUUGGAUAUAACAAAAAUAGGAAGAUAUACCUAUGUUUAAUCCUUCCAAUAGAAAGACUCAGAAAACACUUUCUAUAUAUGUUAUUUAGGAUCUAUUGUGCUUUCACAUUCCUUCGGAGAGAUUUUAUUAUUCCAGAAGGACUUAGUAAUGCAUGCCUGUUGCAUUGGUUCACCUAAAGACAAAGCAACCAAUUCAAUAUCGGUCUGUAGAUGGGAAAUAUAACUUAAAUACGAAGUUCUUUUUUUUUCUUCUUUCUUUCAUCCUUCCUUCUUUGCUUUAUUCAGGUUAGAGUUACAGGGUGCACUCAUUUGAUAAUUAUAAUUAUAAUUAUGAUGCAAGAGAUUUUUUCCCCGCCUUAAUUCUAAUACAGAUAGCCAAGGUUUUACUGUGUAACCAAACAGCUUGGUCUAGAAAUGGAAAGACUGGUCCUAUGCUUGUAGUUUGCUACACUAACCACGCCCUAGAUCAGUUUCUGGAAGGCAUCCUGGAUUUUCAUCCAAAUGGAAUUAUCCGCGUUGGAGGGAGAAGUCAGAGUGAAAGGAUCAAAGAACUUAGUCUUUCUACAGUCAAGAAAGAGAUGAUACAGGUGGCUAUAACAACUGGGUUUUAUUUGUUUGUUUUUGUUUUUUAAGUUAAUACGUAUUUACGAUCAUUGACACUACACUGGGCAGGAAUGUGAAGAUCUCUUUUCUAGCAAGCAGCAUAUAUCUAUGGAUAUACCCAACUGCGCGGCCUUAACACGUUUAAAACCCUUUUUUUUUCGAAAUACGUUAGUCUGAUCAUUUCCAUCGUGUUUUAACUUAGAAGAGGAAGUUACCCAGAACAGGAGACUUUGGCAAUAUCUGAAAGGAAAUGGGUGGAUUGUCCAAAAUCAUCAACGAUCACCACAGAAAGCUCGGGGAACUGAAAAGAAUUCUCUUCCACGAGGAUGAGUUAAAAGCGAAUGCCAGUAGCAUGACGCCAACGCAGUACGACUCGCUGGUUAGAAUAUCUUCCUCUUCCAUCGCACAACUGCAAAGGGGACAGUCCGUCAUUCCAUUUUGGCUUGGUCUACCUGUUCUGCCACCAGACCCUUAUCAAGAAGGUAAGCUUGAAAUUAAACACUUCAGCAUAUGUUGAGAAUUUCUUUGAUGGACUGAAUGUAGAGAUGUAAAUUUGCCACAUUGUCAUAAGCUAAGCAGAACACACUUUGACUUUGCAGGCCAUCAUCUUUUUGUUUACGGUCAGAAUAAAGAUGUCCUCUCUGGAGUGACGUCGUUUCUUAAGUUACUUGUCUAAAUUAAAGAGAAAUAAUAUUGAUUUACUACUUGAAACCACUCUAUUAUUCUCAAUAAUCAUGAAUUUCAAUCUGAUACUGAUUUUUCUUCGGACUGUCGGUGAAGUGAACAGAACCCUAAGUAAUCCUGGUAUCUGCAGUUGUGUUUUUUCUUCUGCUUGACACUUUGCUCCAGAUGUUCUUUCACCAACGUACAGACACAAUUUGGAAAUGGAGCUGUAGACUACCAUUCAAACCUUAGUUUCUAUUGAAAUGGGGUUAGGGGCAGGUACGUUAUUCCUAUUGACACCAAGGAAAAGAACCAAAGCAAAAGAUUAAGGCAGUUUUACAUGGGGAGAGUGUGACUAGGGUGUGUUCAUGUACAGAAGCUACGCCAGUGUACAGUGUAUUUUUUUUUACAGAUACUGAGUAGAAAUCGUACCUCCUCUGAUUUCUUUUAGGAUUUUGCAAACCUCGUGCAAUGUUUCCUUUCAACGACGAGUGCUGGGAAUUAGAGUAUUUUUCGCAAGAUCCCUUAGCCUCUAUAUCGCAAAAUGUCCAGUCCGCACAAGGUCCUGAUGGGAGCAAAGGAGGAUCAUUAGAAUUAGCAGGGGAGGUGGAUUCAUUCAUUGAGAUACCAAACGAUGGUCCGUUAGAUGCCACGAGAUCCAUCACACUACUUGCGUUUGUUUAUCCAAUGGGAAAAGGAGGACCAAUCAUUUGCUAUGACAAAAGUGGCCUGGGUGUUCAGCUUUGUUAUAAUGGGGUAACUUCUAAAGAGGGAGUCCUGAGAGCUUCCUUCAUCGGGAGGGAUCUUUUGGAAAUAAGCGACCCACUUGAGGCACAAGUGUUGAGAUUGAAUGAAUGGAACUUCGUGGGGACCUCGUACGAUUACAAUUCUGGAAUGGCCCGCCUGUGGCACAAUGGAGAUGAAGUGAAAACCGUUUACAUCGGGGAAAAUCUUGAGCUGGCCACACAGUUCCCGAUCAGAAUAGGGGCUGUAAAUAACCCUUUCAAGGGUAAUUAUUUCAAAGGAAGAAUUUCGCUCUUGCAUAUAUAUGCAGAUGCACUAACUGCUGAAAACAUUCGAGCAGUUGGAGGAAUUAGAAAUGGUUAGUACCUCAAGGACGUAACCGUUUACUUCGGCUUAAUUGCCUGAUUGGAUUUUGACCAUACAUUUUGACCAUAGGUUUUCUUUAUUCCUUGACUGCAAGAGGAUUCUCAGUAUUUUGUUAACAUGAUUAAAUGCCACUCUCGGGGGCAAUUUUUGCGAAUUUAAGCUUUACUAAAAUAUGCCCUCCUAAAAGCUUUUUUUACAUCAGUUAUUUAGAAAAAUGAAUAUAGACCAAAAAAGUAACCAAUUAAAACCAGUCCACGGAUUAUUCAUGUGUACACUCGUUCUAGAAACGAUUCAUAAGCGGUAGCAGUAGAACCGAUAUUGCAAGUUUGAAUCCCUUUGGGGAGGUAAUUUUAAGUUGUUAUGUGCUCUCUACUCUUUAACAGCGAAUGCUGAAGGAAAAAAUGGAGACGCACAAUUACAGGAAGGGAUAAAUGCAGGUGAGGCAGUUCCUCAAGAAGAAGCAAGAACAGAGAGAGGAGAAGAAAGGAAGGAGAUAGCAUGCGAUAAAGCCGCACAGAGAGAAGACGACAAAAAUCAAGAGAAGGUAGAGGAAGAUGAAGAAACUAAUGAAGAUAGGAGGGGAAUUGAAAAGUUUAAAGCAAAAGAAAAGGCCCGUGAAACAAAGAAAGAACGUUUAGAUCAGGGAAAUAAGAAACGACAGGUUGACGAUGAUGGUGAUGGCGAUGGCGAUGGCGAUGGCGAUGGCGAUGGCGAUGAUGAUGAUGACGAUGACAUGGAAAACGAAAACGAAAAUUCAGUAAAAGAUGACGUUAACUCAAAACUGCCAACAGGAGUACAAUUGAAAGAAAAGGCAAAUGCGAUAGAGACAGAAGGAUUCGAAUGUGGAAAAGACGGAGAGAAAGAAGGGGAUGACCAACCUUGCAACUCCCUUGGUUUUCAAUUUGAUGCUAGUAUCAUGGAAGACAACAGGAUUCUUGACACUGACGAAAUCAUUAGGUUUGAUACCAGUUCCCCUUUGGGUGAAGCGACAGCGCACGAUCUCUAUUUCAAUGUGGAGAGAAAUGAAGGUGUCAGUAAAAGUGGCGGCUGGCAGUUUCAAAAUGUAAGAGAGAUUAGGAAAAAGAUCAAGAACUUAACCCAAAGAAAGCUAAGACAAGAAGACAUGAUGAAUGAGAAAGAAGCUGCCGAGGUAACUUGUGAAUGAAGUUUUUAGUAUUAUCUGCUGGAAUCAUUACUUUCUACAUGUAAUUACUUCUAUCUGCCAUUGUAGGUAUAUGUAAUCCUUUUGGCACGUUAAGGUUAGCUGAUUGUCAUACCAUACCACACUUGCUCCAUAAAUUAGGUUUGUGAUGUCUGGAUUUUGCCACAAGAAGACCGCUGGCGUCUGUAUCGUAGAUGGGGAUACGAUGCUCGUGAGAACUGUUACGAAGUUAUUUCGGAUUUUGAAGAAAUAUUUGAUGGCAAAGCAAAUGAACUCCAAGAUCUUAGAAAUCAAGAGGAUCUCCAAAUUCUUCGCGAAAAAGAUGUCAUUGGAAUGACCACCACAGGUAACUGUAGUACAGAAUUACUCACAGUCCAAGACAUUUUAAAACAUUACAAAAGUUAACAACACGCUCUGAUUGGUGUCAAUGUGCCCAAGGUCAGUGUCACGUUCAUCGCGCGUCAAAUCAAAGUACACGUUAAUUUGGGGAUCGCGCAUUAUUUAUGGCCUGGAGUUAGUUGGUGGACGGGGUAUAAUAGCACCCUCUCAUCCUUUUCCACGUGUAAUUAAAUUAAUGUGGCUUACAACGGUUUGCCCUAUUUUUCAGUACGUUUCCUUUGAUAGCUUACUGAAUGAUAAAAUAUUUUUUCACUUUACAAUUAGUCAUCAAUUUAAUGUCAUUAUUAUAGAAUCCUCUUAAAAAGCUCUAAGUAGAGUAUUGAUCCAUUGCACAAUAAUAUCGCCACGAGCACAUUAACAUUGUCAAAGGAAUUAGGUUUUUUAACAAAUUGUUAAUAAGUGACAGGUCAAUGAAAUUGUUUGCUUAGCAUUUUGUUUUCACCGAUGCUAAACUAACUUUUGUUUUUAUGUAAGCGUAGGAACAUUGUAUUUUCCAACUUAUUUUUGGGUUUAAGUUUUUUUUUAACAUACUCCAAUUUGCCUUUCUAUACUACCAGUUAGUAACUUUUACACUGAUAGCCUUGGUAGUAAUGAAAUUAUAAUAUUUAGGCUUAUAUUGUGUUCAUCAUUGAUAAUGUUGUAGAAGAAACAUUUGGUGGUUUUCACUCAUUUAAGGUUAAUUCAAGUCAUCACUUUGUCUUAAACGUGAGCUCCGUUUUUAUGCUUGUCUAAAUUUACAGUCAUUUUUGAAAAUUAAAUGAAAAGACACAAAGCGUAAAGCGCAUCGCACUUCUCGGUUAAAACAUAAACUAGAAUUCUGUUUCGCAACUUUGAAUUUAGCCUUAAAGGGUUUUCUUUUUUAUAAGGUGCUGCAAGAUAUCACAGCCUGUUACAAAAGCUGCAGCCUGCGGUUACCAUCGUCGAGGAAGCCGCUGAGGUAUUUGAAGCGCAUACUGUCACCGCCUUAACACCUGGAUGCCAGCAACUCAUUCUCAUUGGUGAUCAUCAACAACUUCGUCCCAGUCCCACAGUCUAUGAACUCGCCAAAGAUUACAACUUGGAUGUGUCACUGUUUGAAAGAAUGAUAGAGAACAAUCUGGAGUAUAAACGACUGUGUCUACAGCACCGUAUGCGCCCGGAAAUUGCCAAGAUGCUAGACCACAUAUACGUCAACCCGAGACUGCAAAAUGAUAAAUCUGUAUUGGCUUUUGAAGACAUUAAGGGAGUGGAGCGAAAUUUAUUUUUUGUAGAUCAUAACGAGGAAGAGGUACAUGUAAUAAUGUAGUUACGUUCCCCUACAUUUUCAUAAGGUUGAAUAAAGGUAACAAUGCAUCCGUCUUACGGAAGUAAAAUAACUUUUCAAAAGUAGAAUUCAGGUAGAAUUUUUUUUUCGCACUUCAUUGUUUUGUAUGUAGCAAAGCCGACUUCUGUUCGGCAAAUUUAACCUCUCGGGGAAUUUUUUUUUUUGUCAAUGAGAUUGUGAGAGUACCCUCUUUACAAAGGCGUGGAAGUUAACUGAGUAGUUUGUUCUAAAAGUGUAAGGUCUUACCUUCCUGAUAUUUUCUGGAGCUAACUUGUGAUCGGCGUUUUUUUGGGGGGGGGGGGGGGGGGGUAGGGCAAACGCCUGAUGCAUUUACUUCACAAGUCGUCUGCCGCUCCCUAAAAUUGAAGUAUCUGUCUGCAUUUGUGUUAUCGUGUCAUAUUCUACCGGAAAUUCCAGCGGUUUGCAACAAAGGCGGCUAUUAUCGAAAUGUAUUUAUGUACUCUCCAGAUUUCCAGGCAAGCGGUGAAUGUUAAGUUGAUACAGUAGUCGUCAGCGGAAACGUCACAUAUUUUAAGGACCAAGUUAACACUCCUGUUAUUGCGAAUCUUCCCUAAUCGUUGCCGUGAGGUACGAUAAACCGUCAAGUCAAAUAAAUUAAUAAUUCACUGAAAACAAUAGUGGAGUACCGGAAUUCUUUAUUUUACUGGAAGUGGUCAAAAGUAUAGCAAUUGAUGCUGUGGAAACAAAUCUUUCAUGACCUUUCAUCAGUUCGCAAAAUUGUCAAUAAUUAUUUUUGACACACUUUCACGCAGUUGAACUCGAUCGGAAAUCAAAGACAACAAUUCUGCCUUGUAUGAACAAGAAAGCGUUGAAGAAGAAAUGGUGGAUAUCCUUACCAGUGACAAAUAACAACUCGUCCUCAUCUCAGCUGUAAAGAUUUUUCUCUAUUCAAUGUUGACUUGAUUCACUAAAAAAAAUUGAUAUUUUUUCUUAAAACCUGAGCUUGCUGUUAAUAGAAUUGCUCGAUCAUCUUGUGAUUUCUGUCAUGAAGAGAUGAAGGUGACAGAACCUUUCUAAUAGCUCCGGACGUCAGAUAUGUUGCUUGACAAUCGGUGUAGGGUCCCGAAGGGUCUUGUUUUUCGAAAAAUCAGACAAAAAUCUAGAUUCUGUACUAUGGGCAGACGACGCGUAGCUAUGGGCAGACCGUCGGCUUCCAAACAAAAAGGGAAGACAGACACCUGAUUUUUUUCGUGCAUGUUUUAAAGUGCAAAUUGCAAAUAUUUCUUUUCAAUCACAUGAAAGCAGUUACAUGAACUGUCUUGCAAGAAAGAAAUAACAACAGCACGUAGAGUAUACCUUGAUAUAUCGGGUAAUUUACUUUACUUUUCUUUUUAAAAGCACGAAAGAGCCUUAUCAUGCCAACACUUGACUCUGACCUACGCUUGCCCUUUGCAGGAGUUAGUACGUGAAGGGAGAAGCAAGUCCAAUGACCACGAAGCCAAAUUCCUAGCAGCUCUGUGCCGUUACCUCAUUCAGCAAGGUUACGAGAAAGAGCAGAUCACGAUUCUGACAGCCUACAGUGGUCAGCUUCUCACACUUAAAAACGAAAUGUCAAAUGACGAAGCAUGUUUUGGGGGAGUGCACGCGACAGUAGUAGAUAACUUUCAAGGGGAAGAAAACGACAUAAUUCUUCUAUCGCUUGUUCGGAGUAACAAGAUUGGGUUUCUCAAGAUAGCAAACAGGGUGUGCGUUGCUUUGUCUCGAGCUCGAAAGGGUUUCUACAUCAUUGGAAAUGCAUCGCUUUUGGAUGAAAAUGAUCCCGACCUCUGGAGAAAAAUCUUAACAGAUAUGCAGGAGCAAGGAAAUCUUGGGAGAGAAUUGAAACUUGUGUGUCAGAAUCACCCUCAAAAUGUAAUUCUUGCUUCAAGUGCCACACAUUUCAAUGGUGCGCCACUUGGGGGCUGCAUGGAACCAUGCCAGAAGCGCAUGCCCGACUGUGAACACACCUGUCCAUUUCUGUGUCAUCCAAUAGAUGUGGAUCACAAGGAGGAAUUCGCGUGCCGCCAGCCAUGUACCAAGAUUAUCUGCGAACGUGGGCAUAGAUGUCCAAAGACCUGCAGUGAAGAGUGUGGUCCAUGUAUGGUCUAUGUGCCAAAACGUAUUCCAAGCUGUGGACAUGAACAGAAUGUUCCAUGUUCUUUGGAUCCUUCCAAAUUCAAGUGCACACAGGUGGUAUCAAAGCAGGCCUAUCCCUGUGGUCAUUUUCAAGAUCAAGUGCUGUGUUCAGUGUCUCCUAGCGACAUUUCAUGCGAGAACCCAUGUGGUAUGCUCGAGUGUGGUCAUCCUUGCCAAGGUAUAUUAAUUAAAAAAUUACUUAAAGAAAUUUAAUGAGGGUCACAAUUAUUCCUGGCUAAAGGAGGAGGAAGGUUUGAUGUGAUACAUAACUACGCGAUGGUCACAUAUGGUGAUAAUGGCAGAUUGGUAAUAUUCUGUAUCAAAAUGUAUCUAUUACUUUUUAACUUUAACUAAUUCUUCAUAUUCGCAAUUCAACUUUAUGAAAGCAAUCAAAUAAUUGGGUUUAAUUUGAUUUUAACAUAAGAGGGAAACUAGAAACUAGCGCCUUAAGUUUCCAAGAUAAGUGGACGUAAACACAACAGCAACGGAGCUUACUUUUUAAAAGUAAUUCUUUGUUUUGCUUUCAAUGAUAUUAUCAGGUGCUUUAGCUCAAAGGUUACUUUAAGGCUGGGUCUUUUGGAGCGAUUACGCAAUAGCCUAAAAUAGCCUAACUACGGAAUUAGCAAACAAAAUCUGUCUAUAUGGUACAACCGAUCAUGAGUGACCGUGACACUAGUUUCUCCACAUUGGGAAUUGACAACAGAGAGCCUCUAGAACGGCUUCAGCGACGAGCUGCGAGGAGCAUAUGCGGUUUUUAGCCGCACAAACUGGUUCAAACCUUACGGAAUUGGGUUGCAAUUUUACGGUACGCCACCACGCAGGUCGCGGACCCAUACGCUACAUGCACACGGUCUUGAAAUACUGAAAUUAUGCAACGUAAUUGUAAUCUUGAAGUAGCAAAGAUUUGUUUUUUGCUUUCAUGGUGCACUCUUGACAUUGCACUAUCUGGAAUUUUUCAGGCUCUGGCUUCUCAAGAUCGUGUGAACGCAAUUACUGCUUUUUAUCUUUUCUCCUUCUGUUAUGGACAUUUUGAUGUAUAGAGGAUAGUUUUUUUCUUUAUGAGGGUCUUUUCUUUUUUUAUCAUUUCAAUUAGGAUCCUUUUUCUGUAAAUUUUGGAAUACACCUAUUCCUUUAAAUGUACUUUUCAGGGCCGCCUUUGAUAGCGGUCUAAUGACUGGAGAGGUUACCCUGUCAAAAUAUCGGUCUUAAUUAUAAUAUUACUACUUUAAGAUAGUGCCUUCUUGUCUUUAAUUUAGAGGUCCUGUCAAAGGCUUUAGCUUAGUUUGGCCAGUACCUUACGCAUGUGCACAGCCAUAUCACCCCGGCAUCAAGGACGAAACAGCUGUCCAUGGCUGCCACUGCCGGGGUGAUAUGGUUGUGCGCAUGCGUAAGGUACUAGCCAUACCGCGGAGUUGGUAGUGUGUGCUUCAGUUCAUAAUUGUGGUGUUACUUCAUUUUCUCCUCACUUCUAUCAAGUUAUAGAAGCAACAAAAUUUACAAAUUUCCUCGCCUUAACUUAUCGCUAAGACAUCAAGCACGUGAUCUUUCAACCCAUUUCAUAAAUUUCGUUUUCCAGUUCCCUACCGUUUUCCAGUUCCAAUAUCUAGAUGAUACUAUUUCCACUUUUCUCCACAGGUAACUGCAGUUCUUGUGAACAAGGACGACUACAUUUGCCCUGCAACUCUCUAUGCAGCCGCACCUUGUUUUGCGGCCAUAGCUGUAAGGAUCUUUGCAUUAAGGAAUGUCCGCCAUGUUACGAGCCUUGUAAGCUUUGUGGUCAUCCUUGUCAGCAUCCCACAAACGAACACGAACGCCAGUUGUAUUGCACACGUCUUAAAUGUACGGAACUUUGUGAAAAUCCUUGCAAGAAGCAAAGAAGCGAUCAGCCAUGUCAAAAACAACUAUCCUGUGGACAAAUUGGUACUGAAAGUGUUACUGAGCCUUCCACUAAGUUGUGCCAAGUCUGCAACAAAAAUGCUGACGUGGUAAGGGAGGAUGAAGCUGGGGCGAUGUUUGUACAACUGAUCGACUGUGGCCAUGUUAUUGAGAGAAAGGAGCUGAAUCUAUGGAUGACCAAAUAUGAAGGUAGCCAGGAUGAGAAUAAGGAUAUUGAAAUCAAGCAACGGCGGUGUCCGAAGUGUAGUACACCUAUUUUCUGCAACCUAUGUAAUGCAAACAUCGUAAGCGACGCUAUCGCUGAUUUUGAAGCUGUAAAGCGUCGGAUUUUUCUCUCGAACGUAGUAAGCAAGCCACAGUUAGAGAAAAUUCAAAAGCUCAAAGACUCAGAGCUUCAAAAACUCAAAGAUUUUGGAAUAAACAUCGGGGAAGGAUUAAGAGAAACUAUUGGCAGCAGGCCUGUCACGACUGAGCAGCUAACCACGUACCAAAAUCAACUCACCUUCCUCUCGUUUCUUGGCAAGGUUUGGAAAAAAUAUGGUGAUGCAAUUGAGGAAAAAGAGCAACUACAAUUGCGCAUAUAUCUUCUUGCUUCGAGAGUUGUGGGAGAAAGAGUUUGCUUUAGUGAACAGGAAAUCAAGGAAUUUACUGAGGAACUUUUAAGGACGGAGCUGCUCGCCCAUUUGAAAUGGUUGACGACUGCACUAGGAGGCGGAGCUAUCACCCUCAUCCCCGAGGACAGUGAGAGGAUUGAAGUUAUAAAGGAUGCAUUGGAGUCAGGAAAAACAAUUGGUAAC